AUGUCGUGCUGUAAGGACUGCUCCGAUAGACGAUACGCGCUCGCCGAAGUCAGCGCGAACGUUACAACGCUCAUCUCCACAGUAGAUCCUCGCCUUUCGAAGCUCCUCGGCGGCAAAGAUGUCCAGCUGUGCUCGUCGUUCGUGAACUUCAGGGAGUGCCAGGACCUUCUCGAGCAGAUGAUCUGCGCCACGGGCUGCAACCCAGAUUCGGGGAAAUAUUUGGAACUCCCGCGCGGGGUAGUCGGCGAGAUGCGCGUUUGCGCUCCUUUCGCCGACAAGGUGUACGAAAAGUGCAAGGACCUGCCGCUGCCCGGCUUCCAAGGCGCCAUUUCUCAGUACUUCAACUCAGGGGAGAAGCUUAUGACGACCCUUUUUGGGAGGGUCGGCCAGGCCUUCGAUGCUAUCAACUACACCGUGGUGGUCACUCCGGUUCUUGAAGGCACUGACAAGUGCUACAACGGCCCGCUCAAGCUCCCCGACACCAACGUGUGCUGCGACUCGCUCCCCGCCACGAAAGAGUGCCCCAUCUCAAAGCUCAACGUUACCAUGCACCCUGAAUAUAAGCCUUUCAUUGGCCGAACCAUUGCAGACCCCUCCUGCCCGGCAGCCCCUGGAGCACCAAGUGGGGCCAAUGGCUCUGCUAGUAGUUCUACUAAUGGCUCUGCUAAUUCAGCUGCUACAGGCUCUUCGUCGUCGCCUCCUCCCCCAAAGGAGGCUGGAAGAAUGGUGAUGGCUUUUAGGGGGGUUUUCAGUGUGCUUGCGCUGGCAGCUGCUGCUUGUCUCAUGCUUUUCUGA